CGUACAUAAGACGAGAGCCAGCGAGACAUGGGGGAAAUAUGGCGGAAAGAAGCACAUCGACACACGAAAUUACACAUUACCUGAACGUAGAAAAUGCUAAAAUUGCUGCUUUUCUCAUGGUAUCGGGAUUUAUCCUGUACCAUGGGGUUUUACAUCUCAAAUUCGGGAAUGACUCGUGCACGUGGCUGCUGAGUGAUGGCAGGUUCCCAGGAUACAGCACCUGGCAGCCAUACGGAUGUAUGAUGCACAAGUAUUCCAAGAGUGACGCCAGGAUGUGCAUGCACUAUUUGUCCUACUGGGGUGGCAGGAACCACAUCACAUUCGUAGGCGACUCCAGAAUCAGGCAACUCUACUUCGAGUUUAUCAACCUGAUUGGGUCAAAGGAGGUGAAGCAGCAUAAGGCUCACGAGGACAUCCACUUCCAGGACGAGAAGAUCAGUGCCAGGAUUGAUUUCCUGUGGCAGCCAAUGGUGAAUCUCUCCAUGUUUUACAUGUACAAGAACUUCCUGCUGAGUGAGCCCGGCGCCAGACCAAACCUGGUCAUAACAGGCAGUGCCACGUGGUGCAUAAAACUGAACAAUGGAAGCAAGAAUGCUCUGAACAACUAUCAAGUGAAUCUCACAACAAUUGUUCCUCUCUUUGAUAAGCUAAAAGACACAACCAAAAUACUCUGGAUGCUGCAAGAUCCGGUUGUGGAAGAGAAACUGAAUGGAAACCGCUCAAUGAUAACAAAUGAACAAAUUGAUGACUACAACAAAGUUGCUUUGGACUUGCUGCGGCACAGUGAUGCCAAGUUGUGGAAGUCUUCACGUCUUGUUGCCCAGGGGAUGAAGAAGGAGUCUGAGGAUGGCCUGCACAUCUCAAAGCUGGCCCUCGAUCUGGAUGUCCAGAUUCUGCUCAACAUGUACUGCAACAACGACAUGAACCACCACGACGGCACCUGCUGCAACAAGCCGGAGCAGGCCACUACACUGCAGAUCAUCACUGCCGCAUUCUUCCUCGUCUGUAUCGUGUCUGCCAUAGCCCUGUGCCUGUAUCGACGACGCCAGCUGAGGCGGAAUGGGGCAAAGGCAAGAGCAGAAAAUGGGCAGCGAAAUGGACAGAAUGGUCUGCAAGAAUCUCACGAAGGUUGUUAUGAAGUCAUGGUAUCGCUAGCCAAGCUGGGCCUUAUCAUGGCAUACUUCUACCUCUGUGACAGGACCAAUUUUUUCAUGAAAGAAAACAAGUACUACACUCAUGUCAACUUCUUCCUCCCGUUUGCCUACGUCAUGAUACUCGGCUUCUUCUUUACUGAGAAGACGGACAAGACCGCCGUCCUUCACCGAGACCAAACCGAUGAAUGGAAAGGCUGGAUGCAGCUGGCGUUCCUCAUCUACCAUCUGACGGGAGCCAGCAAGGUGCUGCCCGUGUACAUGCACAUCCGGGUGUUGGUGUCGUCCUACCUCUUCCUCACUGGCUUCGGUCACUUCACCUACUUCUGGCAGAAGGGGGAGUAUGGGCUGGUGAGAUACUGCAAGAGUCAAGGUACAGACGUACAUUCCCUUGUGAGGAAAGCUUUGACGAAGAAUGGUUGUCGCCACUUUCCCUUCUAUUGGCACACAAGAAAGAACAGCUUGCGUCGAGUUCUUGAAGUAUUGUUCCGGCUGAACCUGCUGGUCGUGGUGCUGUGUUUUGUGAUGAACAGGCCGUACCAGUUUUACUACUUUGUGCCUCUUGUAUCCUACUGGUUCAUCGUCAUCUACGUGUCCAUGGCGAUAUGGCCUCACAUUACACAGGCAUCGGCUGAAGGGAAUGUGCUGCAUUAUCUGUUCAUGGUCAUCAAGAUGGUUCUGCUGGUCACAAUCAUCACUCUCUUCUUCCUGUCUGAGGUAUUUUUUGAAAAAGUAUUUUUAACCAGGCCUUUCAAGGCCCUGUUUGUGACAUCUGAUGACUCACUGCAUGAGUGGCGAUUCCGGUGGCAGUUAGAUAGAUAUAGUGUAGUUUAUGGAAUGCUGUUUGCAUUUGGGUAUCAAGUUCUUCUGAGGUACAAGAUCAUCAAUGAUAGCCAUGAGGAAAACCUCUUCUCGAAGCCAAUGUCCUGGUUGCUAGGUGUGCUGGGACUGAUAGGCAUUGGGAGUUAUGCUGCCUUCACUUUCCUCUGUGGCAGUAAACAACAGUGUAAUGAUGUGCACUCUUAUAUAGCUUUCCUUCCUAUCAUUUCCUACAUAGUUUUACGGAAUGUGCCAGGAUGGCUGAGGACGAGGUACAGCUCUUUCUUUGCUUGGUUUGGCAAGAUCUCACUGGAGCUGUUCAUCUCCCAGUAUCACAUCUGGUUGGCGGCCGACACCCACGGGGUCCUUGUCCUCAUCCCCAGCUACCCUGUCCUCAACGUCAUCCUCACUUCCUUCAUCUUCAUCUGCACCAGUCAUGAGAUAUCCAAGAUCACCGCCAACCUGGCCAAAUACGCUGUGCCCAACGACUGGAAGUCGCUCCUGAGGAACGUCAUCUGUUUCUUUGCAGUCUUGGUUCCGAUCUGUGUUACCAAUGGAGUGAUAGCUUUAUAAUGGUUGUGUUUGGAAUGUGUUGUUGGUUGUGUGUGAUUUUAAUCAGGGUACUGGCAAAUUAUGUGGGUUUAACAUUUUCUUUUAUCUGCAGUAUGUUUUUAUAAGUCACACACAUUUCAUUUUGAUUGGUUGAAUAUUUAUUUAUUUACACUUUUAAAAAAUACUGCAUUGAAAAUGAGGAGUGUCAGUAUUAAGCGAUAUAGUCGUAAUGGUUAGAAAAGACAUUCCUGGUGUUGGUCAGUGCACAGAUUCUCUAACACAUGUCCCCUAGGUUCAGUUUUAAUGUGCCUACUUUUAGCUCCCCUAAUGUCAAGUGAGCUUAUGUUGUGCGGCAUUGUCAGUCGUUAACUUUUCCUUUUUCAUGAUCUAUGAAGCUGAAACUAUGCAAAUGUGAACCCAGUUAUGAUUUAUCUGAAUACUGAUCCUCACAGCAACCAUAUUGAUCCAUUAUAUCCAUUGCUCAGCCUGCAUCACAUUAUAAAAUUGGAUGAGCAGCAUGUAUGCAGAACAAUAUAUCUAGCUUACCUGACUGAAUGGCCCUGACUGAGUGAGCUUUGGUUAUUUUCUGUCUUCACUCAUGAAGUUCUGUUGCAUAUCUACAAGACCUAUUGAGUUGACUCUGUGUGAAUAUUUUAUAUUGUCAAAAUGAAUUAUGUCAAGCAAAAAUGUAAUUUUACAAAAAGUAAGAACCACAGGGCCAAGGGUUAACCUUGAUGUGAAAGGAAUGACUUAGAGGAUCCAAGUUUGUUCAUCAUUAUUUGCACUCAACAUCAUUGUCCUUAAAGAUGUUGCAAAACUUCGCCUUUUUUGUCUUUUUCCCCAAAUAUUGUGCAUCAUAUUUUUCUUUUACUCACCAUACAUAUUUGUACCAAAAUAAGAUUGAAGGGUCAUAGAAUUGUUACUUUGAAAGUCAGGUGAGCUACAGCGCUGUGUCUUUUUUUGACGUAUAUGAUCUGCUUUUCACCCAAGGGCAAGUCCUGUCAUGGGUAAUAAACAUGGUGCCAACAGCACUGUGUCUCACCUGGAUAUGAAGUAAAGAGUUUCAAUUGUCAACGAAGUCAGUAUUGAUUCUGAGGACUAAAAUUUAAUGAUUUGAAAAAAUUACAAUGGAGAAGCAUACAUACCAAAGUUUUGUUGCUUCAGGGAGAAGUUUAGAGAUCCAAAUAUGCAGUUUGAGAGAAUUAACUAAGUACACAAAGCAUGUGAUUGGUCUAAUGAAAUGCAUUUUGAGAGAAUUUAGGCGUCAAAGGUCAACAUAUUGUGAAACGUGGAAUACAUGUUGAGCCAAAUGUACACGUCCCAAAUUUCUUUGAAUUUGGAACAACCCCCAAAUUACUGAGUAAUGUCCAUAAAGAUCUUUUUGAAUAUAUCUGUUGUGAUGGCCAUUUUGAAAAUUGGGGUGGCAUCAUUUGUGGGAAAGAAACCUGUGAAAUUUCAGCUUCAUACAAAUGUUGCAUGAUUUGUGUAUUUCCGAUGCCUCAAACAAACAGGUAUCAUGAUUAUCUCUGCCACCAAGUUUUGAAGAACAGGACUUUUAAUCAAUGAUGGCUACCUGGCGGCCAUAUUGAAAUUCCAAUUAUGAAGUCCCUCAUCAACCCAAAAUUUCAGCUGAGUCCAUCAUAGAAGUCUAAAUUGUUUUGUUUGUUUAACGCUGCGACACUCAGCAAUGUUCCAGUUACAUUAUGAGCAACUCCUGUAAGGUUAUGAUGAUGCAAUCAACCAAGUCAUUGAGUCUGAUCACCUGCACAAUAUUGUUGCAUCUUAUGACAAGCAUAGGUUGGUGGGGGUCUAUUCUUAUCAGGAAUCCACAUGGUGUCAGGUCAGGUGAUCUAAAAAUCAUAUCUUAGACCCAACUACACACUAGCCUGCCACUACAGUUCACUGAUUUACAUACACUUGGGAGUAAUAGAAACCAAAAUGGUUCAAGCAACAUUUUUAGGGGUGGUCAGGUGGCCUAGUGGUUACAGCGUUAGCUCGUCACGCUGAAGACCUGGGUUCGAUUCACGACAUGGGUACAAUGUUUGAGGCCCAUUUCUGGUGUGCCCUACCGUGAUAUUGCUGGAAUAUAGCUAAAAGCGGCAUAAAACCAAACUCACUCACUCAAGCAACAUUUGAGAGGUUUGAAGGAUAUCCAGGUGGAAAAAAAAAUGUUUUGCCCAAUUUGGUCAUUCAUAAGAUUUGACGAGUCGUUUUAAGUCUUCUCAAGAAACACAAGACAAAGAAAGCCGAAUGUAACUCGUUGACAAUGUUAUAAUAUUAAUAGUCCAUUGGUGUAGCGCUUUUCCAUUCUGGGGAUAAUGCUCAAAGCGCACAGAGAAAGCGUUUUGGCAGAAGAGAUGGGUCUUAAGUGAAUUUCUAAAGGCAGAGUCGCGAAGUUCGAGUGAAAGAUUGCUCCAGUGACAUGUUUCUGCAUUAGUUGAGCUUAUGGCACAAGAAGUAGAUGUUGUGAUUUUGAGUCAUCAGUGAGUGUUGCAAUUGUUUCAUUAUGAUUCGGUUGAGCUACAGCACUUAUGGCUUUAUUUUUGGUAUAUGCAAAUCAUGAUCAAAUCACAAGUAAAAGAACAAAUAAUAUUUUUCUCAUAGUUUAUUAUUGAUGCUCAUCAGUAUUCAACAUCAGUUUAGAAAACCAGGGCCCUGGCCCCUCUGCUCAAUGGGAGUGCUGCAAAAAUACAACAACACCAUUCAUCUUCUCACAUGAGUUUAGAAAGCCCUGAUAUGAGAAACCAUGUUCCGACACCCCUCUGAAAUAGCAUGGAAUCUCUCCAUGUUAAAGGGAGAAGGUGAUGUGUAUGUUAUAUGAGGGAAUUACAAUUGUUCAGUUCAAAACCACAUUGAAAAAUGGUUUAAUUGUAUUGACAUUUAUUGGCACAAUGGCUCUGGAAUGUAGAGAACACCCAUGUGUUCUGCUGUGUGCUGAUUUAUCCUAUUGUACAUCAUGUAUUUAUAGUGUAUAUAUUAUUAUGUCCCUUGUAUCAUAUGUAUAUAUAGCAUGAGUGGAGAUGAAAGGUUUUCCUGGGAGAAAUGAUGGGAAUGUGCAAGUGAUAGCAUAAUAUUUGUAAUGUUGGCCAGUGUUUAGCAAAAUGAAAAGGCAAUGCCUGAAUUGAUUGUGGUAGAAGGGCAUUAUUCACUGUGUUUUGUACUUGCUCAAACCUCGGGAUAGGCGUGUGAAUGAGGAAACAUUCAUGUUUGUCGCUUCUCUAUUUAACAUAUGCUUACAGCAAUGAAAGUAAUUUAUAUCGGUAGGACAUGUUUUCUCACACAGGUUGUACAAGGAUACACAAUAGCAUUAAUUAGUCACCUGAAGAUUUGGUGCUACAUAUCAAAAUUUCCUUUGUCAUGUUUCCAAGAAUGAAUCGCCAGACACUUGCAAUCAAUUCCUAUUUAACCGCGUAUAAACAUUCAUUUCAACAACACUUAAAAGUAUCAGUACCCAGCCCACACCACCCCUCUAAUGGUUGACAUAUACGAGGUCUGAUUUUCAACAUUGGGAUCUUUGGCUAUUCCUCAUGUAGUGGGGGCGGUCGGGUAGCCUAGUGGUUAAAGCGUUCGAUCGUCACGCCGAAGACCCGGGUUCGAUUCCCGACAUGGGUACAACGUGUGAACCCCAUUUCUGGUGUCCCCCGCCGUGAUAUUGCUGGAAUAUUGCUAAAAGCGGCGUAAAACCAUAUUCACUCACUCACUCAUGUAGUGCUUGGACCAGUUCAUUCAAGUUUUGAAUGGGAGGGUCUCCAGCUCUCACUCAGCAGCCAAGGUAAUCUUAAAGGUGUUCAAAUCAGUUUUGUGAUUUUUUUUUCGGAAUUGGAUUUUGAAUCGGGUGGUGGUUAAUUAAUGGUCAUGUGUAUAUAAGGUUUUGUGGAGGGAUAACUUGAUACCGAGUUUUAUAAUAAACCUUCACGGUUUAUUAACUCCGCCAGUAGUGAAAAACAUGUCCCUGAUCUUCACUUGCAGCAAGCAUUGUCUCACCAUCUUGGGAAGGGGUAAAAACACAAACUGUUUAUAGCAUUCAAGAAAUACACACAUACCAAACUGUAUUUGCUUCAGUUAUAUAGUGAAACUUAUGCCCUUGUCGUUUCCACACCUUCUGUCAGCACUUCAAGCCACGUUUUGUUAAUGUGAUUGUAUAGGCUACUGAAAGUAAACAUGUUAUGUAAUA